CGCUGUGGUGGGCUCCGGUGCACUGUGGGAUGGAAACCCGAGCGGCGCGUCCUGGCGGGACCGGGCGGCGGCGGCGGGGCCGGCAGCGGCCAGGGACCCGGGCUUAGGCUCGGCCGGGCCGGCUGAGGGGCGCGGGCGGCCAGCGGGCGGCGGACGCCGUCAUGAACGCGGCGGUGGUGAGGCGGACGCAGGAGGCGCUGGGGAAAGUGAUUCGGAGGCCGCCGCUGACAGAGAAGCUGCUGAGCAAGCCCCCGUUCCGCUACCUGCACGACAUCAUCACGGAGGUGAUUAGAAUGACUGGUUUCAUGAAGGGCCUCUACACAGACGCUGAGAUGAAGUCUGAUAAUGUGAAGGAUAAAGAUGCAAAAAUUAGCUUCCUACAAAAGGCCAUAGACGUGGUUGUAAUGGUGUCGGGAGAGCCACUGUUGGCCAAACCAGCCCGAAUCGUGGCAGGGCAUGAGCCUGAAAGAACAAACGAGCUGCUCCAGAUAAUUGGAAAAUGCUGUCUCAACAAGCUCUCUAGUGACGAUGCGGUGCGGAGGGUUUUAGCUGGAGAGAAGGGAGAAGUGAAAGGCCGGGCCUCACUGACCUCAAGAUCUCAGGAAUUGGAUAAUAAGAGUGUGCGAGAACAAGAGUCCAGAGUUCACAAAAAUACAGAGGAUAGAGGAGACGCUGAAAUAAAAGAGAGAAGUACAAGCAGAGAUCGAAAACAGAAGGAAGAAUUGAAAGAAGACCGCAAGCCAAGAGAAAAGGACAAGGACAAGGAGAAGGCCAAGGAGAAUGGCGGAAACAGACACAGAGAAGGGGAGAGAGAGAGAGCCAAAGCCCGGGCCAGGCCAGACAGCGAGCGACAGAAAGACAGAGGCAACAGGGAGCGGGACAGAGACUCCGAGCGCGAGAAGGAGACAGAGAGAAAGAGUGAGGGGGGGAAAGAGAAGGAGAGACUGAGAGACAGGGACCGAGAGCGCGACCGGGACAAAGGGAAGGACAGGGACAGACGGAGAGUGAAAAACGGGGAGCACUCCCGGGACCUGGACAGGGAGAAGAACAGAGAGCAUGACAAACCCGAGAAAAAGUCAGCAAGCUCAGGGGAGAUGUCUAAAAAGUUGUCAGAUGGAACUUUUAAAGACUCCAAGGCUGAAACAGAGACUGAGAUUUCCACUAGAGCUUCCAAGUCAUUGACAACAAAAACAUCAAAACGGCGAUCCAAAAAUUCAGUGGAAGGAAGGAAGGAGGAUAAUAUUUCAGCUAAAAGUUUAGACUCCAUAGUGUCUGGAAUAAAUAAUGAGCCAAAUCAGGAAACGACAACUUCAGAAAUAGGAACAAAAGAAGCUAAUAUUAACUCAACUAGUAUUUCAGAUGAUAAUUCAGCUAGUCUGCGGUGUGAGAAUAUUCAGCCCAACCCCACAGAGAAGCAGAAAGGUGACUCCACCAGUGAUGCAGAAGGAGAUGCUGGACCUGCUGGCCAAGAUAAGUCUGAGGUGCCAGAGACUCCAGAAAUUCCUAAUGAGCUUUCAUCCAACAUCAGAAGAAUUCCUCGGCCUGGGAGUGCGAGACCAGCCCCUCCCCGGGUCAAAUGGCAAGACAGCACGGAGGCGCUACCAAUGGAUAGGUCAGGGAGUGGUAAAACCGUUUCAAAUGUGAUUACAGAGUCACACAAUUCUGACAAUGAAGAGGAUGAUCAAUUUGUGGUGGAAGCUGCCCCUCAGCUCUCUGAAAUGUCAGAAAUUGAAAUGGUAACAGCAGUGGAACUAGAAGAAGAGGAGAAGCAUGGUGGACUUGUGAAAAAAAUUUUGGAGACGAAGAAAGAUUAUGAGAAAUUGCAGCAGUCAUCCAAACCUGGGGAGAAGGAGCGAUCUCUCUUUGAGUCGGCAUGGAAGAAGGAGAAGGACAUUGUUUCCAAGGAGAUAGAGAAGCUCCGCACGUCCAUCCAGACCCUGUGCAAGAGCGCACUUCCCCUGGGGAAGAUCAUGGACUACAUCCAGGAAGACGUGGAUGCCAUGCAGAAUGAGCUGCAGCUGUGGCACAGCGAGAACAGGCAGCACGCCGAGGCCCUGCAGCAGGAGCAGAGUAUCACAGACUGUGCCGUGGAGCCCUUAAAGGCUGAGCUCGCGGAGCUGGAGCAGCUGAUCAAAGACCAGCAAGACAAGAUCUGUGCUGUGAAGGCCAACAUCCUCAAGAAUGAAGAAAAAAUCCAGAAAAUGGUAUAUAGUAUCAAUUUGACUUCGAGAAGGUGAACACUCAAAAGUUUCAGAGAUGAAAAGUCACCUCAGUUUAAAAGCAAAAAGGAAGAUAGAAAAUCAUUACUCUUUUAAGUUCCAGUUUGCUAAGAAAAUGAACAGUUUACAAUGUUAUUAUCCAGCUAAUUUUCAGAGCUUUAAAACUGUAAGCAUGUUAAGUGUAUUAAAAAAGCCAUGUUUUCUUACCUCCUUCCAGAUGGAAUACUGGCUAGUUAUAAAUAGCGCUUCCAAACACCUCUGUGAAAAGUUUUUUUGAAAGCCUGUUCUUUGUGUUUCUGCUGUAACCUGUUUAGUUCUGUACCAGAACUCUCUAGCAGGUAAGUGGUGUGGGCAUACCAAGGGAACAGUAGUCCUUUAUUUUGGUUUAGUGGAAAGACUUUCAGAGGUCAGUGCCGAAUGAUGACUGUAUACUUUUUGAUAGGCACUUGAUAAGUAGAAUGAGGCCUGAAAAUGAAUACAUUAUAUUUUUAGUUAAUUUCCAUUGGAAAGGGCUAAACUCAGCCUGUCUCCAUAUCAGGUACCUAUCAACUGGAAAGUUUUCAUUUUUGUUUUUUGACCUCUUUGUAAUUGCAUGUACUUCUCUAUGUAAUUUUCCUCUUGAUCUCUACUAUCUUUGCUUGUGUUUCUAGUCCUUAAAGUUCAUAAAUUUAAAAAGGAGAUUUCAGGAUGGCCUUUAUGGACAUUGUCUGGACAUACAUCCUCACUUUCUUCCGCAGUUUACCCUGGUUUUCCUCAGACAGAGGCUAGCGCAGCCCCCCGGAGUCCUUCUUCUCCUUAAGAGGGUCUCGCUCUGCAAAGCAUUGGCGCCAUGCCUUUUCCUUUGCAUGGGUGUGCACACCCGAGAGACAGGCAGCUUAGGAAAAACAACAUAAGCAAGACUUAAAAGGAUGCACUGAUUUACGACGUUUUUUGGUGUUAGCCAUUUUUUUGGAAAUUGUUUUUUAAAGCAAAAGUUUUUUAAAAACAUGGUUUAUAGUUUUUCACUUACAUAUACUAUUGUAAAUACUUAGCAGAGUCUUAAGUUACUGUAUAAAACAUUUCAUUGUGUUUGAAGACAUACUUAUGGGUCUUAAGGUCUGGGUCCUAAUACUUUUAAAUAGUGUAUUUAUUAUGUAAACUGAGGAGUGCCAUUUAAAGUGUGAGGAUUGCCUGAAAAGGUUUUGUUUCUUUUUUUUUUUUUUUGAGAUGGAGUCUUACUCUGUCGCCCACGCUGGAGUGCAGUGGCGCAAUCUUGGCUCACUGCAACCACCGCCUCCCGAGUUCAAGUGAUUCUCCUGCCUCAGCCUCCUGAGUAACUGGGACUACAGGCGCACGCCACCACGCCCAGCUAAUUUUUGUAUUUUUAGUAGAGAUGGGGUUUCACCAUGUUGACCAGGAUGGUCUCCACCUCCUGACCUCGUGAUCCGCCUGCCUCGGCCUCCCAAAGUGCUGGGAUUACAGGCAUGAGCCACUGCACCCGGCCGGGUUUUGUUUCUUUAAGGAUUAGCACAAAUGGCACCGUUGGGUUUUUCUUCAUACAAUUUCCAAAAUAAAUUCUGUACUAAGGUUGUUAUAUGAUUUUCUGAGCUGAAUAAGUUCAGGAGCAGAUUAUUAAGAUCUGUCAUUCUGAAACGCUGGUCUUUUUCUCCUUCCUAUAGUGCACCAUAAAAUUGUUUGAUCAGAUUAUAUUAAACACAUUUUGGGGGAGUGGAGGGACAUGAGUUAAGUAGCCCUUCAUGUAUUUAUAAUCUCUUUUCUACUGAAUCAAAUGACUUAGCCAUGACCCUGAAUGGACCUUGUUUUACUUCAAGUUAAGAUGUCUGCCUUUUAUGAAUUUGUAUAUGUGAAUAGAAUUUGGGGGUUGCAAAAAAUUGCAUACAUUGUAUGUAAGUAAAAUUUUUUAUGAAGUAGUCUGUCAAAUUGUAUCAUAAAGUUUAUUUUUCUUUUAUACGUAAAUCAUUAAAAAUAAUCAUAUUUUUUCCAUAA